GAAGAGAGAGGAGAGACGAAACAGAAGACGGAGAAGAAGAAGACGAGGACAACGUGGAUCUGCAGCAGCAGCUUUGGUUGGAUCAUUCCAGAACUCUGUCACAGCAUCGACUCCUCCUCGGGCCUCCGUACAUUUUCUACUUCGGAGUCAAGUUUUAUGUUGAAGAUCCGACGAAGCUGAAGGAAGAAACAACUCGGUAUCAGUUCUACCUGCAGCUCCGUCAGGACGUCCGGCGAGGUCGUCUGCUAUGCCCCGCUCAUCUCCGCCCACGGCUGGAUGCUCUGAUGCUGCAGGCGGAGCGAGGAGACCUCAGCGAGAACGACACGUCAGACUCAGAGAAACAGGAAGUUCAACUCAUCUACAAAACACUGAGUGGCAUCUCUAGUCUCCAGGCUCAGGGUCUCGUUCUGUCUCUCUGCAGCUCUCUGCAGAUGUACGGAGUCACUUUGUUCCCCGCCUACGGCGAGAACCAGACUGAGUACUUCCUGGGUCCAACUCCAGUGGGUGUGGUCAUCUACAAGAACAAGCAGCUGGUGGGAAAAUAUUUCUGGCCACGAAUCACCAAACUUCACUUCAAAGACGAGAUGUUUGAGCUCAGAGUUUUCGGCAAAAAAGGUUCAGAGACAUCGUUCUUCUUUCAGACAUCUAAUCGAUGUGACUGUAAACGUCUGUGGAGGUGUUGUGUUGAACAUCACACCUUCUUCAGGAUGUCAGAGUCGAAUCCACAAAUACACAAACUGAAACUCAACAGCGCUGCUCGUUCUCCCUCUGCAGCUCUCCCUCAGCUCACAAACACACCUGUCAACAACAAAACAGCAACAACAACAACAGCAGCUGUGGCCACCAAUCAGAGCCGGGAACCAAUGAUGAAGCAGACGGCACCACCUGCUGCUCACAGGUCAGGGGGCGGGGCCAAGCCGGACCAGGGGAGGCCCAGUGCACCAUGGGAGAACAGCAGCACCGCGAGCGGCCUGUUCAACCCAAAGUUUCCUCCAAACACCAAAGAAGAAGAACAAGAUGGAGGACGACCACAGAGACGCAGCAGAAGUCUGGAUGGUGAUCGACCAAUCAGAGCGCAGAGGAGAAGCAGGUCUCGUUCCCAUGGCAACUCAAGCAGCGGCAGCGAAUCAGAGAAGAGCAACAGCGAGCAGCGGUGGAGGAGAACAAAGAGCCGAGGCCGCCAUGGUGACCAGGGCCCUGACUCCACCUCCCAAUGCCGCGCCAGAUCACACAGUCUGGACGCCCGGACAUGGAAACACAUCCAGAAGCAGCUGGUGGAGCCUGAUGGUGUGAUUGACAGACAGACGGAGGAAAUACCAUAUAAGGAAGUGAGGGUGUUGGGGGAGCCAAUCAGAACGCGCCGUUCUACCAGGGGGCGACGACAUCAGCGGUGGGCGUCGUACUCACAGCUGCAGUCAAAGAUGGUCCUGCCUCUUCCUGUUACCACAGCAACAGACACUUCCUGUCGGUUCGGUUGUUUUAGACUGAAUAUCUGCAGCACACAUCCAGUCCAGGUGUUAAAACAGCUGCCAGAGGUGCGUGUGAUCCACCAGCAUCAGCGUGUGAUUGGCUGGCAGGCAGCCAAUCAGGUCAGCCAGAGACAUCAUGUCCUCAGAAACAGCUGACAGCAGAUAAACAGCAGCUCCAACCAGAAUGUUCUGAGGUCAGUUUAUCCUGCUUUAGUCCCAGUAAACUGGACACGUUACGACCGUGUGCACGUUAUGACCGUGUGCACGUUACCAGCAUGUGCACAUUACCAGCAUGUGCACGUUACCAGCAUGUGCAUGUUACGACCGUGUGCACGUUACGACCGUGUGCACGUUACCAGCAUGUGCACGUUACGACCGUGUGCACAUUACCAGCAUGUGCACGUUACAACCGUGUGCACGUUACGACCGUGUGCACGUUACCAGCAUGUGCACGUUACCAGCAUGUGCACGUUACCAGCAUGUCCAGCAGCACGGAGCUUCAGGACAGGACAUGCUGCUGGUUCUGGCAACUGAUUGGUCAAUAUUUGCAGAGCAGAGAUGACCUCAAGUCACCUGGAGCAGGUGAGCUGCUGACAUCACUGUCACCUGACAUGUCCUAUAAGACCCUAACAAACCUGGUUACCAUGGCAGCACAGACAGGUGAGGCUGAUCCAGGUGUGCAGCUAAACUAACCCUACAGUCAGAGUUCAGGUGAGGACACACAA